AUGGUCGUUAAUAAGAAGAUCGGCCAGCCUGGCAAUUUGGCACUCGCAAACUGGCCUGAUGCGGUGGAAGCUAUAUCUCGUCUGAAGGAGAAGUUCAUGGUGUCCCCGUCUCUGUUCCUAUUCAGCGAUAUCCCGUCUGACCGCAUAGUGUUGUCCUGGCCAAUGGCACUACGACUCCAGCUUGAUGUCAUACAAUCAUCCGGUCUACCGUUUCAUAUUACUAUUGUCGUCGCAGCUCUUGGAAAAGCACUUGAUCUCCUGCAGGUGUCCCCGGAAAUUGCGGUCAUGGUCACUGCGCAUGCCUAUGAUCUCCGAGCUGCGCAGCAGAUUGGCAUGAAGACAGUAUAUAUUCACCGUGACACUGAACACCCCGACGAGGAUAUGGGCGUGGUUCGCAGCGAAGUGGACGUCUUUAUCGAAUCAUUGUUCGGACAAUCUAGAAUUUCGAACUAG